CCCAUUCUGAAGCAAAUCCAAACUUUCCCAUAGGUUUGGUUUAAACAAAAACACAUAUAUAAGCAGUCAGCUUUUCUAUGCCAAGGUUUCUCAAACAGCUUUGUGGUAAUGCAACAAUUAAGCAUCAGUCAAUUCUACAAAUAAUAACUUAUUGAAACCAAUUAAAAGGAAUGAUUUUGAUAAACAGGCUUUUAGGCCUUACUGCGGAAAACCUGACUGAUGACACAUUACUCAUGUCCAAUGUACUACUAUAAUGAUUUGUCUCUGUUUCAGCCUUAUUUAACAGUUUCAUUAAUAGUAUUAAAGAAAGCAAGUGAACAGCAUGUUAAUGAAGUCAGCAGAUGAUGUAAACAGCAGGAAACAGAAAAUAGAAUAUACUUACAGAUUAGAAACAUGAGCAAGAGGAGUUAUCAAUGUAUCAUAUUCAGAUUGAGAAAAAAGAGAAGCUGGUGCAUCUGGGAUAAAUUAGUUCAGAACUGAUUUUGUAUGGCUAAUACAUAUUAAAUAUACAGAAACAGCCAAACUAAAUUACAAUAAAAUAUUUUUUUUUCUGCUUCAGAAAAGUCCAGUUUGUGAUCAGUGUGAUACCAAAAAGGGAAAUACUGUCUUUGGGAGAAUGUGUAGAUAGAUUGUGUAAAAGAGCAGACAAGUAAUUGCUGAGCUUCACAAAAAUAGGGUGGAUUGCAGGAGCAAUUUGCUGUUGUUCAAGCAACGGCAAAUAAGUCAGUGGUUAAGUAGACUGAUUUAAGAGGAAAGACUGAAAUGUAAUGACUGAGCAAACAAGGAAUGGAGAGGAAGUCUACUAUAUGAAUAGAAUCAUAGAAUAGUUUGGUUUGGAAGGGACUUUCGAAAGUCACCUAGUCCUACCCCCCUGCAAUGAGCAGGGACAUCUCAACUAGAUCAGGCUGCUCAGAGCCCCGUCCAGCCUGGCCUUGAAUGUCUCCAGGGAUGGGGCAUCUGCCUCCUCUCUGGGCAACCUGUGCCAGUGUAUCACCACCCUCAUUGUACAAAAUUUCUUCCUCAUGCCUGUCCACAUGCCUGAAACAUCUGUAAGCAUUUAGAGAAAAGAUGACUUAUUUAGCAUUACCACAAAUUUGAUAUCAUAUCAGGAAAAUGUUCUUUAUUAGGUGAAAGCAAACUCUUACUGUAUUACGUCAAGCAUGAAAAAAUAAAGACGUAGAGGCUGUAGUCAACUAAUGUAGACCUAAAAUAGACUGUAGGCUGUUUCUCACUAGCAUAUGGAAAUGCUGAGUCUCUUCAACACCCCUCAGUGUGAACGUGCAUUGCAGAGGCCCUAAAUUGUUAGAUCUGACCUUUUUUUUUUUUUCUUUCCCCUCCCUUUCCCCAACAAUGUCCAAAUUAUAGGAUAGGAGACUUCCCAAGUACUCCAUUCAGCAAGCACAAUCCCACACAAACUCUAAAAUAUUUCCCCUUCCCCGCUGUGGUGACAUGCUCGCUGCAGGCAGACUGACAACUACCUCCUCCAGUUAGAACAUAUAAUCAUCAAUACCCUUCUGAGCUCAUUGAAAAUGAGCCUCAGCUCAUACAUUGUCAAAUCCCACUUGGUGAGUCUUGUUCCUGUUCCAGCUGGAGAUGGGCCCACGCUGGAAUUUGGGAAUCUAGGUUUCACGUUCCAAAAUUGAACAAAGAGACUCGGACUCAUUUCUAGCCUUCGUCUCCUAAACUGCAGUCAUGUCUGUAAGUAAAAUGCUGAAACACUAGUUGUCUGGGAAAAAUAAAUGAGUGAUGAUUUUAAGGGAGAUGCUGUGGCUACUCGGUGCAGUAGCUUCCAGCUUUUUGGUGCUGUUCCCAGAAAUGCUUCAACCAUGGUGAGGAGCUCAAUUCUCUAAUUAAAAAAAAAAAUUGUAUCAAAUAUUUUUCAGCUUUACACUCUCAAAUUAAAGCUUAAAAACCUCCAAGGAAGGAAAGGAGGCCAGAUUGGAGGGGGAGGAGGUGAGAGGAAGGAAGCGGGUGGAGAAAACCACUAUAUUCCCAAGAUGCAAGGAAAGUUGAAAAGUAGAAGAAAAAAUAUAUUAAAUCAGUGUAAACUAAGAGAGUCACAGUGUACACUCUGUGGGGAGCCUGAAGAUUUGGAUUCUCUAACAGGGCAUGCAUUUCCAGAAGAAGAGGGUGGCGAUCUGCUCAAGUCGGGCUUCAGUUUUCCAGGGACGCCAGAGGAGGAGCUAGACCAGCAGUACUCAUGGUCGCCUUCUCAGCACUUCAAUGAGGAAAGAUACUCUCCUGCUCCGAGGAAUAUGAAAGGAUUAUCCGGUAGUCGCAAUCAACCACAGUUAUGUUCAGCUCAUACUUGUGGCUUAGCAUCCCCUGAAGAUUGUGAACACACCCACGACCAUAUCCACCAUGGGCAGGAGCCAAGGCAAUCGUAUCUUCUCAGCCCCACAGAGAGUUGCCCGAUGGACCACCAUCGUUGCUCACCACGCAGCUCCAUUCAUUCUGAAUGCAUGAUGAUGCCCAUGGUAAUGGGCGAUCACAUGUCAAGUAGCACUUUCCCCAGAAUGCACUACAGCUCUCAUUACGACUCCAGAGACGACUGCGCCAUGUCUCACGGUAACCCUAAGAUUAACCGUAUUCCUGCAAAUCUUUUGGACCAAUUUGAGAAACAACUUCCUCUUCACCGGGAUGGGUUUCACACUUUACAGUACCAGAGGACCUCAACAGCUGCGGAACAACGCAGUGAGAGCCCAGGAAGAAUACGCCAUCUCGUUCAUUCAGUUCAGAAACUUUUUACUAAAUCUCAUUCUCUGGAAGGAUCAUCCAAGGGCAACGUUAAUGGAACAAAGGGAGACAGUCGAGGGGACGACCAUCAUCAUGGGCACCACUCCAAGCACAGCAAAAGGAGUAAAAGUAAGGAGCGAAAGCCAGAAACCAAGCAUAAAUCUGGAAUGAGCAGCUGGUGGAGCUCUGAUGAUAAUUUGGACAGCGAUAGCACUUACCGAACCCCUAGUGUGGUAAAUAGGCACCAUGCAGAUCAUAUAUCCCAUUGCUACCCUGAGACACUCCAGGGGCAUUUUGGGGAUCUCUCCUUGAAGACUUCCAAAAGUAACAAUGACGUGAAAUGUUCGGCUUGUGAAGGGCUAGCAAUGACGCCUGAUGGUAAAUAUAUGAAAAGGAGUUCUUGGUCCACACUUACAGUAAGUCAGGCUAAAGAAGCUUAUCGCAAAUCAUCACUGAACUUAGAUAAGCCUCUGGUUCAUCAGGAAAUCAAACCUUCCUUGAGGCCAUGCCAUUACCUUCAGGUACCUCAGGACGAAUGGGGAGGAUACCCAGCUGGUGGGAAAGAUGAAGAGAUCCCCUGUAGAAGAAUGAGAAGUGGGAGCUAUAUUAAGGCCAUGGGAGAUGAAGAAAGUGGAGACUCUGAUACAAGCCCCAAGACAUCACCAAAAUUAACAGUUCGACCAGAGUCGUUAUUAAAAUCCAUUGGACAAAGACCACUGGGAGAUCAUCAAAAUCAGAGCUACCUUCAAACUGCAAGUGACGUGCCUGGGGGUCACAACCUGGAUCCCUCUGCAAACUACAAUUCCCCAAAGUUUCGCUCAAGGAAUCAGAGCUAUAUGAGAGCAGUGAGCACGCUCAGUCAGGCCAGCUGUGUUAGUCAGAUGAGUGAAGCAGAGGUUAAUGGGCAAUUUGAAUCGGUGUGUGAAUCAGUGUUUAGUGAAGUUGAAGCUCAGGCAAUGGAUGCCCUUGACCUCCCUGGAUGUUUCCGAACAAGAAGCCACAGUUACUUGCGUGCCAUUCAGGCAGGCUAUUCCCAAGAUGAUGAAUGUAUACCUGCGAUGGCAUCUUCCAACAUCACCUCCACUAUCAGGUCAACCACAGCUGUAACUUACACAAGUUACAAAAAAACACCACCACCGGUACCCCCUCGUACCACUUCCAAGCCACUGAUCUCAGUCACGGCACAGAGCAGCACAGAGUCCACGCAGGACGCGUAUCACGACAGCCGGACGCAGAGGAUUUCCCCGUGGCCGCAGGAUGGGCGAGGGAUGUACAAUUCCACCGACAGCCUGGACAGUAACAAGGCCAUGAAUCUCGCCUUGGAAACCGCGGCUGCGCAGCGCCACGCGUCCGAGGGCCAGAGCACCUCCAUACGAACCAGCGACAAGGCCAUUUUGGUGUCAAAAGCGGAGGAGUUUCUGAAGAGCCGCCGUUCCUCUAUAGGGAUCCAGGUGGAAACAGCAACGGAUUCAGAUACUGAAAGCAGAGGCCUACGGGAAUACCACUCUGUUGGAAUACAAGUGGAAGAUGAGAAACGACAUGGACGAUUCAAGCGCUCAAACAGUGUAACAGCAGCUGUCCAGGCUGACCUGGAACUGGAGGGCUUUCCAGGACACAUCACCAUGGAGGACAAGGGACUUCAGUUUGGCUCAUCGUUCCAGCAGCACUCAGAGCCCAGCACACCCACCCAAUACAGCGCAGUGAGAACUGUACGGACACAGGGACUGUUCAGUUACAGAGAAGAUUAUAGGACCCCGGUUGACACCUCAAACCUUCCACCACCAGAACCCUGGCUAGAGCCAGCCAUUGAGACAGUAGAGACUGGUCGAAUGUCUCCUUGUCGACGGGAUGGAUCUUGGUUUAUGAAGUUGCUACAUACUGAAACUAAGAGAAUGGAAGGAUGGUGUAAAGAAAUGGAAAGAGAAGCAGAAGAAAAUGAUCUUUCUGAAGAAAUCCUAGGUAAGAUCCGAAGUGCUGUUGGAAGCGCUCAGCUCCUCAUGUCUCAAAAAUUCCAGCAAUUUUAUUGGCUGUGUCAGCAAAAUCUGGACCCGAGUGCCAUGCCGAGACCAACUUCCCAGGACCUAGCAGGUUUCUGGGACUUAUUGCAGCUCUCAAUUGAAGACGUCAGCAUGAAGUUUGAUGAACUGCACCAAUUGAAGCUCAAUGAAUGGAAAAUAAUAGAAUCACCUGAAAGGAAGGAAGAAAGAAAGGUUCCUCCUCCUGUACCAAAGAAGCCCCCAAAAGGAAAAUUCCCUAUCACAAGAGAAAAAUCUCUGGACCUACCCGACAGACAGCGACAAGAAGCCAGAAGACGGCUCAUGGCUGCUAAGAGAGCAGCCUCUUUCCGGCAGAAUUCAGCCACAGAGCGUGCAGACAGCAUCGAGAUAUAUAUCCCAGAGGCUCAAACCCGGCUUUAAAGACAGAAUGCUGCAGAGUUCCUUUUUUAAACAAAAUGCUUGUACAGUUUGUCACUUACCUGGUAAUUUUUGUCUCAUUCUCUCCACUAAAUAUGCCCUUGCUGUUGUGUUCUUUGUGCCAUAAGCACAGUGGAAUGCUUUUGAUUUCCUCAGAAUUUGCUGAGCUCACCGCAAGAACGACUUCUUUUUGUAUUUAUUGUCUGACUUACAAUCAGCUACAAUGGAUAGGGCUUGUUGAGACCUGACUUAUCCAAUAUAUUCUCAGAGGACAACAAGAAACACCUCUUGAGAUGGAACCCAGCUUACUUUUUUUGUUAUUUAUAUUUUUAUAAAAUGUGUGAUAGUUAGGGAUAAGAAUAACAAACUAUAAAUGGGUGCAUCUCACCAUUCACUAGAGGCAUUAGCUAAUCCAAGUAGAAGGUGCUACAAAUGUAAAGAGCAGGAAAGAAAGAACCCAUUUAUUUCUCUGACCUCCAGUUUCGUUUCCUAGAACCCAGCUAACAUAUUUACCCAUGUGCUCUGCCACACUUCGCAUCUUUGUUACUGCAAAAUAACAUUAGGCCUCUCAUGUCAUGUCAAGUUUCUGGAGAUGAACAGGGAUAUCCAGCCACUAAAACUCCAAAGUUCAUCAGAACCGAGAAGCAUACAAGUCUGGUGGUGCUGGGAAGGCCCACUGAGAACCGUUUGCUGUUAGCGGUGUAACGACACUCUGACACCUAAGCAAAAUUAUAAUGCAAGAGGACUUGAGUGAUGGGUGAAAGGAAAAUGGAAGCCUUAAAAAGUUAGAUCUUCUGUAGCAAGAUGUGUAAAGAAAUUCUCGCUCCUUUGGAACACUCACUGCAUUUUUAACAGUUCUUUUGCGUGUUAACCUUUAUUUUAUAAACCUUCUCUUUCAUAUCAAGAGCUGUGCUACAUGUAAUAUUUCAAAAUCUCAAAACGUUAUAUCAAUUGAGUUUCCAGGGUAUCCUUGAGAAAAAAAAAAAAUCUUGCUUGUUUAAAAUGCCAGUUGUGAUGUUGUAAACAGUUUAAGAAAUAUGAAUGUGAGUGGUAAGUAUAUCUAAGUUUAAAUGGUUAUGUUAAGGUAAAGGUGAACUGUGGUUUACAGUUGUAUUUUUUUUAGAACUAUUUUUCUAUGCAGUAUCAUUUAUGGCAAGAAUAAGCUUCUUGCUUGCUUCAGACAUUAAAAAAGAAAAAAAAGGAAAAAAAAAAAAAAAGAGUCGAGAUAAGUGAUUUCCAGCCAUGGAAUAUAGGAAAAUAAUAUAUUUUCAAGCCUCACAUUGUCAGAAGAGAGAAGUGGUAACUACCACAGUCAAGAGGCUUUAAUUUAAAACAGAUUAAGACAUAAUUAUUCCACUUCACCUACCUUCCAGAGCCAACCCAGCACUUAGAAGUCUUCAGGUGAAGACGCAAUAAGAUGAGUAACCCGCAGCCCCCGAUUCCAAGGUUUGAAUCCUACUGAACACGACUUUAUCUCAGCCUGAACCCAGACAGACAGACAGCCCCAUCUCCCGCAUGCCCUUUUACCUGCUUUGACAAAUGCAAUGUAUUUAGCCAUAGGCAGAACAGCUAUUUAAUUAUACUUAAGCACUUUGGUUCUUCACCUGAUGAGCACUUUAAAUCCGAAUCCCAUGCACCCUGCAGCCUGACAAAUGACUGAAAACAUGAAGUAUCAUAGGUUAUGCAGAUCUGACAUUGCUUCAAAUCUGUUUUCUUUUGGUUUUGAGUUUUUGGGUUUUUUUCCUUCUCUUUUUCCUACAUUGUGUAGUAUUAAGCAUGAGUUCUGUCUUUGGAGCACAGCUGAUAAAGCAUGUUUAGCUUCAAGAUAUGAAUCUUAGAGAUGAAGUUUUGAGAAGUUUCUGUGGGGAGAAAACUCUAUAAAUUGAGCCUGAUAUCUGGUAUAUACUUUACCAAAUAGCCUUAAACUAUAUUUGGAAGCAAAAACCAAGACGAAUGUAUACCCUUCAAGAAGUUUAAAAAAAAAAAAAAUCCCUGAAAUAUUCUUCUAUAGAUGAAAACAUUAUAUUUCCCAUCCCUCAUGUUUUUCAAGGCAUUUUCUAUUAAGGAAAGAGCUGAAUCCUAGGUCGUGUACAAUAUUGAUGCUGCUUCCUAUAUCUGUUGUACUAUUUUAAAUACAAAUGUACCCGUGGACAUUGGCCUCUUUAGUCUUGACACCUGGUAUCUUGUUUAAAGUGGAGCUGCUAAUUAGAAAUAUCCACACAGAACUAAAGCAAAUGUCUUUCCUAGAUCUAAGAAAUUUAAAAUAGGCACACACACAUAUACAUACAUAUCUAUAUGUAUGGCAGCUGAUACAUUUUAUCUAAUUUUCCUGUACACUUCAAGGAGAAAUCACAGUUGACUUAUUCGAUUGAAAACCCCCACCUGCAGCAACAGGUCAUGUAAUUAAGACAAGUUCUAUUUGAUUCUACCAGUAAUCAGACUUUAUAAAUACAAAUCAUAAAAACAACAGAUGACAGAUGAGCUUAGAUCCCAGCUGACCUAAUAAUGCUGACUUGGGGCAGUCUGUAUAAAUCUUUCAUUUUAGAAUCAUAUUUUGCUAGUUUUUUAAUAUGUUAACAUUUUAUUCAAUGUUCUCAGACAAAAAUAGGCCUGCGUGAAUUAUGCCAACCCUGAAUGUUACGUUUCCCAUGCCAUUACAAGAAAAUGUUCAAUAUAAGCUUUGGAUAUCUAUGAUUUCUGUUUGUCCCACUUUUAUUCCCCCCCCAAAAAAAAAAAUAGUAUCAAAAGUAAACUAGAUGCCUACUGAAAAGUCUGAUAACAUGUUAUCUGUGCAUGUGUUACAUUUCAAAGUGCAAUAUAUUAAAUUAUUGUACAGGUAACAUUCUAUCAUUAAGGGCAAAUAAGCCAUUUUUAUUUAUAUGUUGUACAUCUGGUUAGUUUAGAAAAAUAACAUUAUGCUUAUCAUACUUGUGUUGCAAAUAAAUCAAAGUCAAAUUGCUUCAGUCCCUGACGUGAGAAAUACAGCAUGUGGUAUCUUAUUAAACAGUUCAAUUGUAAUCUGACUCCACAUCAUAAAAAUAAAAUUCAGUUACAAAACCAGUGUAGGAGGAACAUAAAUAAAUAUAAAGUUAGAAAGUGGAAUGCUUUCUAUGUAGAGACUUCAUGGUGUAGACCCACACAGGACAGCUGGAUACAGCAAAAUAGUUUAGCGUUUAAUUAAAUACUGAUUGGACUAAUAUUUAUUUUAACAGAUGAAAAUUAUAGAAAGUCUCUGUUCAUUUCUUCAUUGCCUGUAAAACACAAGUAUAAUAAACAGAAUUCUGAAAAUUUAAAUAAAGAAAAAGACCCGACUGGUAAAAUCAUUGAUAUUCGCCAUACUUAUUUUUGCUUUGUAUAUUUUUUUUAGAUUUGAGAUUCUUUGUAAAUUCGUGAAGUACAUUACGAAGUGUUUCAUUAUUUCAUGUCAACCUGAAUAGAAUGGCCUUUGGCAGCGUGCAAAGACUAAUAAUAUUGUACAGUUUAAUACCAAAAAAUGACAAUUGUCACUAUGUUAGAUUUGAGAUCAAUCAGGAAGGAAUUAAAGCGUGCAUAGGAUGGUGUGUGGAUUUCAUAUAUAUAUAUAUAUAUAUAUAUAUAUGUAUGUAUAAAAUACCUUUCAUAUAAUGGAAAUUAUUUGUUUUAAAAUAAGCCCAUGUCCUGCUGUAUCAAUACAUUCAUUUCAUCUUCUUCAGCACUGCAUCUAGUAUAAAGUGAGGGAAGUUUUGGUCACUUUGCAAGGAAAAGAAGCACCCGCUACGCGAUGAGGUGACGCACGGUCUUCUCAUGCCCUUGAGAGGCUCCUGGCCCCAUGGCACGCUCAGGCAGGGCCACUGCUCCACACCUGGUCCUUCCCACAUAGGUCCACCCCUUGUGCCUCCAGAUCUUCCCAUCCCAGCCCUUUGUGUUCCAGGCCUUGAGCCUGCCCGGCCAGGCCAGAGGGUUUGAUGUCCUCCUUGGCGCUUCAUCAUUGGCGCCGGUAGCAGGGAGCACACCGUGGACUGCUCCAUCAAUGGCUAGUUUUGUGAUUGUUAAUUCGAGGUCUGAAGCUGGUUUGGCAGCUCCAGGGGUCAAGCUAUGUACACUGAAAAGCUGCGAAAUCCUGUGCAGCCGCAGCCUCAGUAUAAGACAGAGAGCUUAAAUGAAAUUUGGAGCAGUGUUACUCCCAUUACUGUUCCCAGAGCAUCUUACGAUGUAAAUACACCACUCUCAAACUAUGUUUGAGGUGAGGAAUAUCAGCAAACCCCUUAAUGUCUAGAGAGGUUCUUCCUGGUGUGUGACAGGUUGACACAUUUACACAGUGCCUUUCGUCCAGAAGGAUCUCCAAGCACUUUAUUAGCUGGCACACAGACUCCAGGCUGGGCUGCAGCUCGGGAGGUUACCCUACCCAUGGCCUGGUGAGCCAGCACAGCGGGACACGGGGGCCUCUCCUGCCUGUCCCCACACUGCCGGGGAGUUUCCUUCCACACAGCCUUCCCUUACGGUCCAAGCCUGUGACGGAAGAGAAGCAAAGAUUCACUGAAUCAGGAGGAAGACCUUGAGCAAAGCAGAGGCCAAGGCAAUGCUCACACUGUCCCUCCAGGGUGUAGGGCAGGGAAUGAAAAGCAUCAAAUUAAGUUUCCAGAACAAUCUCUGUUUUUUCUGUUCAUGACAGUAGCAGUGAGGGUCCCUGCGGUGGAAGAGCUCCCCUGGGAGGGCACCACAGGAAAGCCCUGGCCAGUGACAGGUGCAGGAGCUGAUGGCACCUGCAGCUGAGCCCUCCUGCUCGGGGAUCUUGUCAAGUGUCUCCUUUGCACAUGCAUCACCCCCCCAGCACUUUUAGCAGGAGAGAUCUGUCAGGGGCACGUGCUGCAAAAGCAGCCUUCCCCUGUGGCGUAGCUGUCAAGUGCCCUGUUCCCUCCUCCAAUCUGCCCUCCAGACCAGCUAACACAGGGGCUUGAGUGUGAGGAUUAUACUUUGGUUUGGGCGGCUGCUCUUAACUGAGACUCAGCUCUAACCGUAAGGGUUCUUUGUAUGGCAGAGCAAUGGGGAUGUGUCUCUGCACUGGCAGGAUCGGCAGACUAGAGGCAACCAUUUCAUGCUGCAGAUAACAGAAAGAGGAUGCAUACAUACAUACAUACAUACGUAUAUAUAUAUAUACAGCAAUUUUUCAGUGUCAUGGUCCCAGGCAGUUGGACGCAGGAACCACAGUCAAGACACACGUUCCUGUAGACCUGCCACUUUCUUGCAGAUCAGCCUCCACACUGACAGCCAUGGCGGGUUCACUACCUAGUGCAGCCUCAUGGCCAUUCUGCAAUGAUUCACCAUCUUCACCUCCAGGGACCAUCUUUUGGGAACAGCUGCGUUAUGGCACACUCAUAUGCAUACAUGGACUCCCAGCAGGAAUUAAGCCCUCUGUAUACACAGAAAUUGCUUAAUUUAUCUCUGAAAUGCAGCUUCCUCUAUGGUGUAAUGCUGCAGCUGUUUAACUACAUAACAGGCUGUUCAGGACAGCAAGUAUGAAAACGAAAUUGAAAUGGAAACUUGCCCAAAAGAUAAUUUGGCCAGCAUGUUUAGGCUGAUUCAGCUCCUCUUAACAAAAUAAAAUCCUAAUAACUGCAAGAGGCCAUGCCACUCAUUAUACCUAAAAAACAUAUUCCAGAUCCCUUCUCAUUAAAUGCAUAUCGCAUUUCGUAAAUGAUGAUCACAGAAGAUUCAUGGGCCCACAUUUCCACGCAUGGGUGUUUCUUCCAUUGCCCUUCAUUGCUGAAACAGAACUGGGCUUUUGAAGUCAGAUCGUAGAUAAUAUAAAAUAGUAUGCCUACAUGGCUUGCUCUUUAACUGAGCAAACAGAACAGUCUUCAUCAGCUGGCAAUUUAAUUCUGUUUUAUUAAGGCUAAAUUGUUAUUUUUCUAAAUUGGUUUUGUCAGACAGGAUUUUUUACUUCUCUAGGACAAAACCAUGUAUAUUUUCACUGAAGCUUAAAAAGGGGGGGUGUUUAUUUGAAAAUAUGGUCAUUAUUCACCAACACAGCCCAUUAGUGAGAAUUUUUCUUCUCCUUCCAUUACUCUUCUCUCAUUCAACACAGCAUUUCCCACUCCUAGAUCUGGACUGUCAUACAAGAUUCUUACUUGUGAGAUGAAUUAUUUCAGAGCUUCGGGCUAAGAUAUGAUCUCAUUUCUAUUAGAAACAAUGCUAAGAACCUGAAAUCAGAAAGAAAUGUCAGAUUUGAAUCGGUAUAAUUCAGAUCGACAUCUGACUCAGCAAGCCCUGCUGAGGUAGGAAGGACUCACCACUCAAGUUAGUGAGUGCCCAGUUACUUUGCUGGAUGUAGUUCUUCCUUUCAGGUAGGUCACAAUCAAGCAGAGGGCUUGAUAGUAGGUUCAUGUCUCUGCAAAAGUCACAAAGAAAUACUAACUUUGUUUAUAAUUACCCAGGAAUCCACAUGCUUAUAUCCAUGCUUUGAUUUACCCUUUGGAGGUUUAAUAGUAUGGCCAUAUAAUUUUAAAAGGGCUCAGCAUGCAUGUAUUCUUUAGUUCAAUUUAUAUAUUAAUUUCCUGAAACAAGAAAAUGUCCCUUUCAAGUAACCUGACUUAGACUGCUCUAGAACUGUUCUUUCCUGAAGAAAAGCCACUACAACUGUGCAGGGUUUUCUGUACAGAGACAAAACUCAUACUUUCAUUCACCAUGUGACAUGCCAAAAUAAUCAAGUGUGGCCUAAGGACUAAAUUAAAUGCCUCCUAUAGAAUUUCAAGGAAUGUUAGAACCAGGAAACUAGCUGUUUAGUUAUAAUUAAAAGUAUAUAUAAAUAUAUAUAAAUAUAUACACAUAAGAAAUCAUAUCAACAAUGAGGAUGAACUGAGUGCCAAAUAUUCACCAUCUGUAUAAAGCUACACUUCACUAGAAUCAAACUAUUUUAUGUAAUUCUCUUUCUCAUGCUUUUAUGGUUCUUUUGAUAAAUUCUAUUUAGUAGCAUGCAGGAUACCUAAAUCGAAUGUACAGUACGUUGUUUCAUUGCUACAAUAAUUUCUUGCUUCUCAGUAAUAUCUUCUUUACCAGAAUGUUAUUUGUUACUUCGAAGACAUAUUUGAGAAUUGUUUUAUUAUUGAGUUAUUCUUUCUUCAUGGUUCUCUGCUCACCUCCAGCUGAUUGUAAGAAAAUGUGCUUCACUAUUUUGCCCCAUCACUCUUUUAUGAAGCUGCCUCUUUCAAUUGGUUUAUGUAUUGUUUAUGUUCAUCUCCUGUAAAUAAUUCUGCAAUUAAAUUUUUUGAGAAAAAUAGA